AUGUCUCCACAGGAGCUUCAAGACGGCCUUGCUGUGAGCGGUGGCCAAUAUCUUACGAACCACGCUGGGGCGAUCUCGCGUCUGCGGAGCUGCCUGUCAGAGUUGCGGGGUACCCCGAGCACCGCCCUCACCGACGCCCAAGGAGAAGGAAGCUGUGACUCAGAACUUCGCGGACUUCUGGCGAAUAUAUUUAGCGCUCUUCUCGUCGAGCGCGACCGCAACUUGUCGAGCUUGCGUGCUCGAUUACUUGACGGGGAUAUCUCACCUUCCUCCCCUGAUUACCAUGACUUUCCCGAAACCUACCAUCACGAACUCCGCUGGAAUAUCUGGAAGUUGUAUGGCCGCAUCGUCCUGGGUAUUUUACCCCCGAUGAUCUGCUUGAUCAACGGCCUGCCGCUCGAAAUACUCGAGAGAAUCUUCGGGUUCACAAAUCGGCCGUCGAUCGGUCGAGACGCCGGUUCCCUCAAGAUCACAUACGUUGCGCAGACCUGGGAUGCGUCCAGCCACCUGCCCCUUCGUAUGGUCUGCAAGUACUGGAGCCACUCUGUCCUCGGCCUACCGGUCGUAUGGUCGCGCAUGAUUCAAGGCUUUGGCGAUGACUGGACUAGGCAGGCGCUCCAACGGUCCCGCAAUUGCGACCUAUCGAUCGAGCUCGACCACCGCCAUUUCUCCAGGUCGAUGUACGGUCAUCAUCUUCUAGACUCUGCUCAACUCAUCCUGGCUCACGCUCCGCGCUUCCAUCUUCUCGUCCUCAACGACCUCACAUGGGAUGCAUUGGCCCAGGUUACUUCAUCCCUAGGCAACGUUGUCAUGUCACGACUAGCAACCUUAGCCAUCAUUGGUCAGGGGCACGAGACCCGCCUUCCAGAGCACGUCUUCGCAAGUGUUCCCCCUCCAGUACUUCGAGCAUUCACAGCGGUGAACUGCAGACUAUAUCCUGCAUGUCCCGUCUUCCGAGCUCGCCUCACACGCCUGAUCCUUGUUCGUUGCGAGAUCUGGACGUCAUUAGACGACAUGCUGGAUACCCUACAAGACCUACCGACGCUGGCGCACUUCGAUUGGCGUCCGUCUUUGAGCUAUGCGCUCGAGGGAGGUCGCUUUCUCUCCGCUACGAGGCAUCAGUCGGCCGUCCCGCUACCUCAUCUGAGACAUGUUGUCUUGGAGUGCCCAGCAGGCUCAUUCGGCGCCAUCUUACAACAGUUAUCCUUGCCAGCUCACUGCCACAUCCGCGUCCUCGAUGUCCACAGCAUGUCCGGUGAUCAUCUGCAUGAUCCGCGCGUUAUAGAAGACGUAGUCCAUGCGCUUGACAUCUCUGUAGGAGUGCACUGCUCCCGCUUCCACCUACCGAGUCGUGGGAGUGGGAUCUAUUCUCUCGCUCUCAUAGACCUGAUGGCGUUCGGUCCAGGAACCAACGCAGUCCUGGUUCAUGGUUCAACGACACCCGACCUUCCCAGCGACCACUUGGAGCAUCAAAGUCACAUACCCGACGCGUUCACUUUCACCAUCGCUCUAUGCGCUCCUGACUCUAUGGCGGUGAAUGGCGAACGUGAAACCGUUACUCUUCAUGACGAUAUCAUCCGUCGUGUCAUGGAGCAUAUCUUGGCGUGGUCGUCGCUGCGCAGGACGGUCCGAAAGCUUGUUACCAACUAUGCAGCCCUUGACCUGCCGCAAAUGUGGCGUCCUAUUCUGCUGCUCGUACCGCAGCUCGUGGAGCUACACCUCGGAUACAGCUCGAUCUCGAACGACUCUUCAAUUGUUCGUGGACUCGCCGCCGCCCUCCUCGCCGAUAUGAACGUUGUACCGAGUCUGCGCAGGGUGGUCUUGGGGCCCCUGGCCUUCUUGGAUGCUGACGAUCGCGAUGAGCUAGUCGACGCUCUCGCCAGACGUCACAGUUCUUGUGGAUACCCUUCUUUAGUCGUGGUUUUGGUCAAUCCCGAGGAGUGGAUGGAAGAUGAUGAAAUCCGCGAACUCCAGACGUUGAUCGACGCAGCGAAUGUUGGUCGGGUGGAGGUGGAAGCAUGA